GGGAGGGAUGCGAAGGGACGGCCCCUUGGGUCGCGUCACCCUGCCGCGAGGUCGCCGUCGUGUGUCGCGACAGGCAGGGGCCGGGCCGGCAAGGGCGUGCUGCGGAGCGGGGCCGGGCCUGCGGUGGGAAGGGGCGGGCCCGGGGCCGGUAAGGAGAGGGGAGCGCGGCCGGGAAGCACCGGGACGGGGCCGGAGCGGCAUUCAGUAUGGCAUCUCCAACUCUGCUUAUGCGUGUGGUUGCCUCUGCAUAUUCCGUUGCGGAAAAAGCUGCGACAAUUGUUAGAAAUGUAAUGGCUGCAGGAGACCUUGGGAUAGUGGAGAAGAGUGGAGCCAAUGACUUGCAGACCAAAGCUGACCGACUGGUACAAAAGAGCAUUUGUGCUUCACUGUCACGGAAGUUUCCCAACGUGACAAUCAUAGGAGAAGAAGAACUACCCCCUGAUGAGGUAGAUGAGGAAUUAAUUGAAGAUGGACACUGUGAAGAAAUAUUGAAGAAAACUUGUCCUGCUCAGUACACAGGAAUUAAAGAGGAAGAGCUUGUAAUAUGGGUUGAUCCUUUGGAUGGAACCAAAGAGUACACUGAAGGUCUCCUUGACCAUGUAACGGUUCUCAUUGGAAUUGCUUAUGGCGGCAAAGCAAUAGCAGGAGUUAUUAACCAGCCAUAUUACAACUAUGAGGCAGGAGCUAAUGCUGCAUUGGGCAGGACAAUUUGGGGAGUCCUGGGCCUAGGUGCCUUUGGAUUUCAGCUCACAGAAGCACCUGCUGGCAAACACAUCAUCGUUACCACCCGUUCUCACAGCAGUGCCCUGGUAAAUGACUGCAUCAGUGCUAUGAACCCAGACAGCGUCAUCAGAGUUGGAGGAGCAGGAAAUAAGAUCAUUCAGCUUAUAGAAGGCAAGGCAUCUGCUUAUGUAUAUGCUAGUCCUGGAUGCAAGAAGUGGGAUACAUGUGCACCUGAAGCUAUUUUACAUGCUGUGGGAGGCAAGAUAACUGAUAUCCAUGGAAACUCAUUUCAGUAUAACAAGGAAGUAAAACACAUGAAUUCAGCUGGGGUCCUUGCCACCUUGAGAAAUUAUGACUAUUAUGCCAGUCGUGUUCCUAACACCGUUAAACAAUCUCUUGUGCCUUAAAGCAGUAAAGCCUGGAAAGCCGAGAAAGUAAGACUGGAGAAAAAGAAAGAAGAUAACUGAGCUUGAAAUUGUUUUACAAAAUCUGAACCUAAUUAUUACUUUAAACAGUUCAUUACUUUCAAAAUUACCUGCAGACUGUCUACGUAAAUGUGGGAUCAGAUUGUUUUGCUGUGUUUAGCAGAUAACACAAUAAUGACAUUUCUUCAAUAGUUGUUUUCCCUGCUCUUUGGAACUGGAGUGUUCAUUCUUCAUAUGACAUGACUCUGGUUAACUACUGCUAAUUGUAACAGUGCAAUCCAAAAAUCACCUUCAAGUUCAGGGCACAAAAUCAUGUUAAGUCAUUUACCAAAUUUUGUUGAAUGUUUUCUGUUGUAUGUACUCAACAAGAGUUUAUUGUGUUAAAUGCAAACGGAGUAAGAAUUUCCUGUCUGCAUCAACCCAUUUAUUAUAAAGUUGAUUGUUUUGAUUCUCAGAAGUGAAAUGUGUUCUUUACAGGCAGGGGCAUAUGUGUUUCAGGAUGGAAUUAAGCUGGUAGGUUUUUGUUUGGCUUCCCUUAAAGUUGUUGAACAGGAUCUGUUUUCAAUACAGACAGCUCCUGAGGUAAUUUAUUUCCUGUAGGACUUCUGACAUAUGUAGCAGUAAUUAAUGUAAUCCUUUACAAUGAUGCUGUGGUCCUUUCUAUCUAGCCAAACUAGGGUAGUUUUAAGUCAGUUCUAGAGGGAUUCUAUAUGCUUCAUAGUUUCAAAACAAUUAAGCUAUUUAAAAGAUAUUUUUGCAUUCAUUGAACUCAACCAGCCAAUAGUAACCUUUUCAUCUGGCUGUUUUAUGAUCAUACAUGUUAUUUUGCUUACCGAAUAUUUUAAGAUUCUCUUGUGUUUAGUGCCCACUCUCACUUUAUGAAAGACUGUCUUUCAAUCAGUUCAAGGUAUGUAUCAACCAAGUUAAAGUUGUGUACAGAAUAGACACGAUUACAGCUAUGAGGUAUUAAAUGCACUGAUAUAUUUGA